UGAAGGGGAGAAGCAGGAAAUAAAGAAAGAAAGAAUAGCGACUUCUUCUCUUUAAUUGUGUUUCGUUUAGGCCUGUCUCCUCUCUCUUUGGGGCUGAGUUUUCUUUGAGAGAGAUAUCAGUAGUAGUUUAUCUCAGGCUCUAAGCCACCAUUUCUUUUUCUUGCUUUAUUUUAUUGUUAAAACUUCACCUUUCUUUCUACAACACUCGAUUAUUGCAAACAACAUACACACACUCAGUAAGUGCUGCAAAGAGCAGCUACCGAAGAUAAAAGAAAAGGUGAGAAAGAGAAAGAAAGAAAGAGAGAGAGAGAGAGAGAGAGAGAGAGAGCGGAAUUGGCAGAAGCUUUCAAUACCACACAAGAGAAAAGGAUGGCUGAGAGCUUUGCUUCCUUCCAUACUCUGCAACUACAAGAGCAGAAUUGAACAAGAUCGUCGAAGGGGUACAGAAUUACAGUGAUAUUACACAAGAGAUGAUGAUCAUCAUCAGUAUCAAGAAAUUGAUAUUAUGGGAAUAGCAACACCACCGCUCCUCCCUCCAAUUCUUUCUCAUUCCAAGACUCAUCAUCAUCACCAGUCGUCUUCAAUUACUCCCUUAGCUCUAUUACAACAACAACAACAACAACAACAGUCUAAUUCUAUGUCCCAAGACUAUCACCAAGCAGCAGGCAUCUUCUCUUUCUCGAAUGGCUUCGAGAGAUCCCAAGAACAUCACCACCACCACCAGCAACAACAACAAAAUCACUUGGCUCAACAGAUCCGUAGAGACAAACUUAGAAUCCAACACGGCUAUGACCCGCCUACAGGCUCAUUAGUAGGAAUUGAAGAUGAAGAAUCCGGUAGUCUUGCCGUUUAUGAAGGCGCCGGUAUGUUAUCAGAGAUGUUCAAUUUCCCUACCGCAAGUGGGCCAGCUACUGCUGCUGAAUUAUUGGAUCAGCCUUUACAGUCUAAUUACCGCACGGCAGCCGCUGCUGCCACACAGCCCCGGCAACAGCAGCCAGUAAAUACUAGUGAAUGGUACAGCAACAACCGGCAAGCUAUGGUAGGAGGUUUGGGUUCCUUAGGAGAUACAAAGAAUCAUAAUAAUCAACAUCAUCAUCAGAUUUCAGGUAUUAAUGCAGAUUCAGCUGCUGCCAUGCAGCUUUUUCUCAUGAACCCGCAACCAAGAUCACCAUCUCCUCCUCCGGCAACUUCUUCUACGCUUCACAUGUUACUUCCAAACCCAUCUACAUCUCUACCAGGGUAUAGUACCACCGGAGGUGCUUUUGGCGCUAAUAGUGAAAUAUCUCCUCCACAAUUCACUUGGGUUCCUGAUAAUACUCAUGAAGGCGGCAAUACUAACCCGAGUGAGAUUGGUAGCGUUGUAGAAGGACAAGGGCUUUCUUUGUCAUUAUCUUCAACAUUGCAGCAUUUAGAAGCAGCAAAAGCAGAAGAAUUAAGGAUGGGAGACGGUGGAUUAUUGUAUUAUAAUCAAGGAGGGGGUUCUUCUUCUACUGCUGCUCAAUAUUACAAGAAUUUAAGCGGUCAACACCAGUCAACAUUGCAUUUGCAACCUGGAAUAGGUCAAAACCAUCAAGUUCAUGUUGGGUUUGGAUCUUCUUUAGGAGCUGUUAAUGUUUUGAGGAAUUCUAAGUAUGUGAAAGCUGCUCAAGAAUUGUUAGAAGAAUUUUGUAGUGUUGGAAGAGGUCAAUUCAAGAAAAGCAAAUUUUCCAGACAGAAUACAAACCCUAAUUCUAAUACUGCUGGUGGUGGUGGCGGCAUCGGCAGUGGCGGCACUACUGGCGGUGGUGGUUCUUCAACAAAAGAUUUCCCUCCUUUAUCAGCUGCUGAUAGAAUUGAGCACCAGAGAAGAAAGGUCAAACUUUUAUCAAUGCUUGAUGAGGUGGAUAGAAGAUACAACCAUUACUGUGAACAAAUGCAAAUGGUAGUGAACUCAUUUGAUUUAGUAAUGGGUUUUGGGGCAGCUGUACCAUACACUGCCCUUGCCCAGAAGGCAAUGUCAAGGCAUUUUAGGUGUUUAAAAGAUGCAAUAGCAGCACAAUUGAAGCAUAGCUGUGAAUUGCUUGGUGAGAAAGACGGGGCAGGUACUUCAGGUAUAACAAAAGGAGAGACCCCAAGAUUAAGAAUGUUAGAGCAAAGUUUAAGACAACAAAGAGCCUUUCACCAAAUGGGUAUGAUGGAACAAGAAGCUUGGAGACCACAAAGAGGCCUACCCGAACGAUCUGUCAACAUUUUGAGAGCCUGGCUUUUUGAGCAUUUUCUCCACCCGUACCCAAGCGAUGCAGAUAAGCAUCUGUUGGCUCGACAGACUGGUCUAUCGAGAAAUCAGGUUUCAAAUUGGUUUAUUAAUGCGAGGGUGAGGUUGUGGAAACCCAUGGUAGAAGAAAUGUAUCAACAAGAAGCAAAAGAAGAAGAAGGUGGAAAUAUUGAAGAUAAAGAAAGAAAGCAAAGCAUCAAUAGCAAAAAUAAUACUUAUAGUAAUAAUAACAGUGGGCUUGCACAGACACCAACGCCUACUACUACUUCUACUGCUACACCAAAUAUCACUCCAACAACACAAUCCUUAUCAGCAACACCAACGACACCACCAGCCAAAAGAUCCGAAAAUACAAAUGAAAAUGAUCAUUCACACCUUCUCGCAACCGCCUCCGCCGCCACCACCAUCGUUACUCCCACUAUAGAGGCAGCACCGCCAAUACUAACACCACAUGGCCAAGCUUUCCAUGACUUGGCAGAUGAAACUUGUCGACGUGGCAGCAUGAUUGCAGGUGAUUAUGGGACCACAGCCACCGUCUCUGCUGGCGGAGCUGAACAUAUUGGCUCUACACCAAUAAGGUUUGGGACCACUGCGGCUGGAGAUGUGUCUCUCACUCUAGGGCUACGCCAUGCUGGAAACAUGCCAGAGAAGACUUCCGCUUUCUCUGUUAGGGACUUUGGAAAUUAUUAAUUAUAAUUCAAAACCUCUUUUUUUCUUUAAAUUAUAUAUAGUACCUAAGAAAAAUAUUUAUUUUACUUUUGUUUUGUCUUCUCUUUUUCCACUUUAAUUUCAUUCUAUUUAGAAGAAAAUACAAAUAUUAUAAGUUAGUUAGUUGUAUGAAGUCUAUAUUGUAAUUGUAUAGUAGAAUAUUUAUUGAUUUGCAUAUUUAUGUAUUUAUUUAUUAUUAUAA